AUGGGUUCGGAUGGGUCCUCUGUCACAACCGGAUAUACAUUCGGAGACUGGAUGGGAAUAGACGUCGACAAUCCUGCUUGGGCGGCACUGAAAGUGGACGAAGAAGGGGCGGUGGUAUGGGAGUGGCUGAACGGAACAACGCUGUCAUACGUGGCCGGAGCAGUCAUAGGCCUGGAUGGAUCCGUGAUCCUUGCCGGGUCCACCGUAGAUGGCGACUACCAAGGCUACGCAGCGCUCAAGCUUGACUAUGAAGGAGUGGAGCUGUGGAGGUGGCAGGACAACUCUAUUGACGCAAAUUGCAGAGCUUACGGCGUUGCGGCAUCAGACAGUGGCUCCGUGGUCGCCGUCGGGACGAUCAAUGACGGCGAGUGGGCCACCCCGAGUGUGGGGGGAUACGACUUCAUCGCGUACAAAGUGGACGGCGACGGCAAUCUGCUCUGGAAAUGGCAGGAUGGGACUAUCGGCUUCGACAUCUUGUGGGCUGUGGUGUCGGCGGAUGAGGAAGGGUCAGUCAUCAUGGCAGGGAUGACAUCGCUGGAUUUCUCGGGGCCAUCUGUUGGAAGCUUAGACUUCGUCGCCAUCAAGCUUGACUCAGGAGGGACGACACUGUGGACGUGGCAGGAUGGUACCAGCUCAAGCGACGAAAUUCAAGCUGCUGCGGCCACGGGGGACGGGUUCGUCGUGUUGGCUGGGUAUACGUUUGGCGAGUGGAGCGGGGGCUUGACGGGCGAGGAAUGUGAUUUCGCCGCGGUGAAGCUCGAUGCGAACGGAACGGAGGUUUGGAGGUGGCAGGGCGGCUAUGAGGUCGAGUACAACGUAAUUUACGCAGUUUCGGUGCAAGAAGACGGUACUGUUCUUCUCGCCGGAAGAACGGGGGGAUCUCAGGUUAUGUCCGACAAACGUGUGGGAUCUUCCGAUAUUGCGACAGUGAUGCUAGGGGCUGACGGACAAGAGAUCUGGCGCUGGAAGCAGGGAAGUUCUUCAGAUGACUUCAUGCUCCGGGGGAUGGCGGCAGGCUCAGACGGGAGGAUGGUAAUGGUCGGGAGUAUCAAUGGGUCUUGGGGAGGAGAACCCAAUCUUGGCUCUGAAGAUUUCUUGGUCGUCCUGCUCAACACCUCCACUCUCGACACCUCAACACCCCCAACGACGUCACCAACCGUCGCACUGAGUCCCGCGCCAGCCACUCCGGCACAUGCAUUUCCACCUUCUGAUACACCUGUCGAACUACCUGCUCCUACACUGGCACCGUCAGUCCGCAGUUCCUCGACGUUGGCACCUUCAGGUGGGAUUUCCUCGACAGUCGACUCAUUGGACGUUCUUUCGGGGGAUGAGUCAGCCCCGAGCCCUACGCCAAUCGUAGCCGGGGCGGUUUCCGCGGUUGCCGCUGCUAUCUUCAUCGCCCUUGCUAUCUGGUACAAGAGGUGGCAAAGAGCGAAGGGCAUGAAGACUGGUUCGGUGGUCCCUCCUAUCAGCAACGAUGAUAACUUCGAGCAUGGCCGUGAGGGUGACAAUCAGCAAGGCGCUAAGCAGCAUGCGCCAACCGUUGUUCAUGGAGGCAAUAACCAGCCUCCGCACAUGCGCAAGCCAAUAGAGGUUGUGGCGGGUGUCGAAGGCAUGGCCGUGGCAUCGGAAGCUGCACCCGGAGGGUCUGCAUCACGCAGCACCGAACAGGCCGCACAAACCCGGAUGAAUACACGAGGAGUUGCGUUUCCAUGCGUGGUUGAAGAAGCUAUUUCAGCGGACCAGUCCUUGACAACAACGAGCUCCACCACAACCUUGCCGGGUGAGCGGGCCGAUACUACCGCCGUCAGCCGUAAAGGCACACCCCAUUUUGCCGACGACCAUAUACUAGUCUCAGGCAAGGGAGAGACCUCCCAAACCGAUAGCCACCGAGCAUCGGUCGUUACUAGUGUGGGGGGUGGCCAGGCUGUUUUGCUAUUAGCCCAGGAGCUGGCGCACCAUUGCCAGGUUCCUGGUGUCAGCGAGGUAGCAACACUGGUUUCCCUUCUGGUGAAUCUGGUGACGGAUAGCUGCGACAACAACGGCGGGAGUGACGGGAGACUCAGGCAAUGCCGCUCGAUCAUCAUUCUGCUCAACCGGGCCGACAAGGUGGCUGGUAACGGUGAAAAUACGACCGGGGAGGUGACCCGUAUGUUGAUCGAAGACGUGCAUGAGGCAAUCUUCGACCUCGUCGAGCUCAUCAAAACGUACCAAAGUAAAAACAAGCUUUCGAAGGUGCUGAUGUCGACCCUCUUCAAGCGGCGACAGGACGAGCUUGAUGCGGUCGUAGACAGGGCCAUGGUGCGCCUUCAGUUGGGUCUCCACAUGCAAGUCGGACAAGACGUAAGUGCGAUCAAGACAGGAAUGGACCAAUACAAGGGUUCCAUUGCGGAGGCCCAAUCGGAGUCUCUGGCGGACGCUCGUAGAACAAGGCGUCAGCGCAAGCUAGAUCAAGUCGAGAUCCCCGAGGGACACCUGACCAUCACGAACGAAGUUCUCGGAAAGGGCGGCUUCGGCGAGGUGUACCUCGCCGACUAUAACGGUCGUAACGCCGCCGCCAAGCACCACCAAAACGACAGUCAGCGAAGAGCCUUCCUGCGAGAGCUCGAUGCCAUGAUCCGUCUGAGGAGCCCUCACACGGUCAACGUCUACGGAGCGGUCACGUCUCAGCCAGACCAUAUGGUUCUCGUCAUGGAGCUGCUCUCUGGUGGUGACCUCCGAACGCUUUUGAGGACCUCUGAACAGCCCCUUCCCCAGGAGCAAUCCAGGCGCAUCAUCGGAGACAUCUGCGCGGGCAUGGCCUUCCUUCAUGAGAAGGACACAGUUCACGGCGAUCUCAAGUCAGCCAACGUGCUUCUCGACGGGUCUGGACGAGCAAAGAUUGGAGAUUUCGGUACCUCCAGAUGGUCGCAGCAUACACACUCAACUGGUUUGGCUACGUAUACCACCACCAAACCCAGCACUCAGAUGAGCCUCGCCUGGAGCGCCCCGGAGGUGCUCGAAUCUGGUGGUAGCACCUACGCCAGCGAUGUCUACAGCUUCGGCAUCGUUGUGUGGGAAGUGGUGUCAGGCGAACUUCCUUGGGCGAACAAAACUCGCCCUAGGGAGAUACUGUCCGCGGUGUUGAUGGGAGCGCGGCCUUCGUUCCGUCACGAUGCUCCUGCGGACAUCGUGGAAAUCGCCAAGGCUUGCUGGGUUGGGGAGCCCCGCGCACGGACCACUUUCGAUGCCGUAUUGGAGGGCAUGGACUCAAAGGAACCUCACGAUUAG